AUGUGCUCCCAGCACCCCGCCACCUCCUCGCAGCAGCUGCUCGGCCUCUUGGUCCUGGGGCUGCAGCUGCUAGCACUAUCGAGCGGCUCCGAGCUCCCCAAGGGCAAGCAAAAGGCGCUGCUCCGGCAGAGGGAGGUAGUGGAUCUGUAUAAUGGAAUGUGCUUACAAGGACCUGCAGGGGUGCCUGGGCGAGAUGGGAAUCCUGGGGCCAAUGGCAUUCCUGGAACCCCUGGGAUCCCAGGUCGAGAUGGAUUCAAAGGAGAAAAGGGGGAAUGCCUGAGGGAAAGCUUUGAGGAGUCCUGGACGCCUAACUACAAGCAGUGUUCGUGGAGUGCCCUAAAUUAUGGCAUAGACCUUGGGAAAAUCGCAGAGUGUACAUUUACAAAGAUGCGUUCAAACAGUGCUCUAAGAGUUUUGUUUAGUGGCUCGCUUCGGCUAAAAUGCAGAAAUGCCUGCUGCCAGCGCUGGUAUUUCACAUUCAAUGGAGCUGAAUGCUCAGGACCUCUUCCCAUUGAAGCUAUCAUUUAUCUGGACCAAGGAAGCCCUGAACUGAAUUCAACAAUUAAUAUUCAUCGCACUUCUUCCGUGGAAGGACUGUGUGAAGGCAUUGGUGCUGGAUUAGUGGAUAUUGCCAUUUGGGUUGGUACUUGUUCAGAUUACCCAAAAGGAGACGCCUCUACUGGCUGGAAUUCAGUGUCUCGCAUCAUUAUUGAAGAACUGCCAAAAUAGCCUUUAAAUUUCACCCCUACCCCUUUUUUAUUAUACUUUUGAGUGUUUUUAAAUCACAUUUUGUAUCAUUUUUAAGUAUGCAUCCAAAUAAAAAAUCAAGCUAAACAUGCUUUACAGACCAAAGUGUGAUUCACACUGUUUUAAAAUCUAUUAUGCACUUUACUUCAAUCAAACAUUUCAGGAUUUCACAGUUGAUUAUAAUACAUUCUUCAUAUUCCCACUCCUUGGACCUAUCAUUCGGAUUGUUGUGGUGGUUUUAAGCUUUUCCUAUUCAUGUAGUACAGCAUGUUAAAAAAGAUUCAAGCUACCAGUUCUUGUACACAUUGCAAAUGUUCAGAACUAUUUUAUAGCUGUUAAAUACAAAUUAUCAAACAACUUUAAUAUCUUGAAA